CGGAGGCGCGCGGCCACGGGGGAGGGAGGGAGGGAGCGGGCUCGCUGGGGCCUGAAUGUCCGGGCUGCGGACGCUUCUGGGGCUGGGGCUGCUGGUCUCCAGCUCGCGCUUCCCACGCGUUGUGGCGCGAGGUGGACCCCGCUGCCCGGGGCCUGCCUGGUGGGCGGCGAGGCCAAUGCAUCUAGGCGACUCCACCAUGGCUGGAGGAACUGUGAAGUACUUGAGCCAGGAGGAGGCCCAGGCUGUAGACGAGGAGCUAUUCAACGAGUACAAGUUUAGCGUGGAUCAACUCAUGGAACUGGCUGGGCUCAGCUGUGCCACGGCCAUUGCCAAGGCAUACCCACUCAGUUCUUUUGGCAGCAAUCCUCCAGCAGUCCUGGUUAUCUGUGGCCCUGGGAACAAUGGAGGGGAUGGCCUUGUCUGUGCUAGGCACCUCAAACUCUUUGGUUAUGAGCCAAAGAUCCAUUAUCCUAAGAAACCAAACAAACCACUCUUUGAUGCUCUGGUGACACAGUGUCAGAAGAUGGACAUCCCCUUUCUUCCUGAGGUGCCCCCUGAGCCAAUGCUGAUUGAUGAGCUAUAUGAAUUAGUGGUAGAUGCCAUCUUUGGCUUCAGCUUCAAGGGUGCUGUCCGGGAACCAUUUGGAACCAUCCUGAGUAUAAUGAAUGGGCUCACUGUACCCAUUGCCAGCAUUGACAUCCCCUCAGGGUGGGACGUGGAGAAAGGGAACCCAGAAGGCAUCAGACCUGACUUGCUCAUCUCACUGACAGCCCCCAAAAAGGCAGCUACUCUAUUCAAGGGCCGACACCACUACCUGGGAGGCCGAUUUGUGCCAUCUGACUUAGAGAAGAAAUACCAGCUGAACCUGCCCCCCUACCCAGGAACUGAUUGUGUCCUGCAACUGCAGUGAGGGAAGGCUGGUGUGCCCUCAAUAAAGACUUGAAUUUAUCUUUGA